GGUCCCACGCGCUCCAUAAGUCCAAACACAACCACAAACUUCCUCUGUACACACAACACAGAGUCUCUUCUCGUACCCCGCCAAAAAAAAAAAAAGAAGCCAAAAUUACUAUGUGAAUCUCCGACAUACGUCUUGUCUGAAUAUUAGUUUCCUCUGUGAAUAUUGAUUUUCAGUGACUCGUUUUUUGUUUUGGUUGAAAUGUAUAAGUUGAUCCAGUGAAGAAAAAUCGGCCAUGUUUGAGCUAAAUUUGAAGCGCUUAAGAGUAGAUACACAUUGUCGGUUUUAUAGAUAUGUUUGAUUGGAACGACCAAGAGCCGAGGGUCUUUCGGAAACAGCCUUCCUGUCUUCCGAGAUAGGGGUAUGAUCUGCGUACACUUUACCCUCCCCAGACCUCACAUUGUGGGAUUUCACUGGCUAACUGAUAUAAUAUGGGGCGAGACUGGUGAGAGCGAUGACCACACAGUGCCAUAUCCUGAUGGAAGUGAAGGGAAAGCUCCAGCUUAUGGAGAUAACAUUAAGAAGGAAUGGGACAUGGAAGCUUCUAACAUCAAGCCUACUGAUCAGAAGAAACUUACAACUAAAGCGGAUCUGAGUAAUAUUAAACAAGAUCGCAGUUCCAAACGUGACACUGGUGGAGCUACUAUCACAGCUGGAUACAGGGUGGAUUUGGGUGCUGACCUGUCAUUGACCAAUGCGACAAAGACUAAUCAAGAUUCCUUGGGUGCUGAGGCAUCUAAUAAUCUGACAGAAGUUCCAAAACAUGAACGUCUUAGAGAUGAGAGAAAUCGGCUUGGUGAUGAUUCUCGAGUUUUUCACCAUCAGAAUGAGGAACUGGAGCAAGGUGAUUUUAUUGAUUAUGGAUGGGCUAACAUUGGAAGUUUUGAUGACCUUGAUAAGAUAUUUAGCAACAACGAUCCAAUAUUUGGAGAUACAAGCCUUCCUAACACGCUCGAUCUAUGGUCAUCUUGUAAAGAUGUUACAAGCAGCCCAGAUAGGUCUGUUCCCGUGUCUAUUGACUCUCCGAGUUUGACACUAGGAUCUCCGAGUAGCCCAUCAGAAAGAUUAGAAAUUAAAGCAGAAUACAGGCUAGACCAGGAGAAGUCCUCCACUGUUGAUGAAGAGAAUGCUAAUGAUAUCACAUCUGAUGUGCAUCUAUGCACUGAUGCUAGGGACCAUGAUGGAGGCAAAAGUAUGCGUUUACCGAAGGAAAAGUUGUUUUCGUGUGUACAGGGAAAUAACCGGGAAAGAAUAUUGAAAGGUCGACUUAAAUUAGAACAAGAAGGUGAAUUUGCUCAGUUGCAGGAAUUAUGUGGAUCCUUGUCUCCUCACCUGAACAAGUUUGGCAUGCCAUCUGUAACGAAUCAACCUUGUCCUGCUUUAGAGCUCAGUCAACAAAGUCUGCUUCAAGGACCAGAAUGUUUGCAGCACAAACAUUUUCCAGGUCCUCUUUUUGCUUCUUCUAUUUAUGGGGAUACGGGUAAUUAUUGUUCUCCCAUGCCUGUCUGGUCACCGUUCCAUUCUGGGCAAGCAAGCCAUCAGCAUGUCCUGUCAAGUUAUAAAUCUUCCCCAGGCAAUUCAAGUCAUUUCAGCAAGUCUCAAGAUGCUUCAUCAAAACCUUUGAUGAUGACACCUCAAGAAAAAAUUGAAAAACUAAGAAGGCGACAGCAAUUGAGAGCCAUGCUUGCCAUUCAGAAACAGCAGCGGCAGUUUAGCUGUCAACCAAAGGAAGGAGGAUCUGUUGAAGAGAAUAUGAGCUGCAUCCCUUCUGUUGACCCGAGCUCACCUUUAGAACAGGGUGAAUCCAACACAGUUUGUUUGGCAGUUGAAGAUCCCUCAGUGGAAGACGCGGCACUCUACCUUCUUCAGGAUGUUAUCUCAAAGUUGGACCUCAAAAUAAGACUUUGUAUCAGAGACAGCUUGUUCCGACUGGCUCAAAGUGCUACACUGAGGCAAUGUGGCAAUGAUAGUUGCAGCAGCAGGAAGGGUGGAAGAGAAGUCAGCAAGGAAGAAAUGAACACCAAUAGCAGGCUACCCCAUGUAGAGACUGAGACGAAUCCAAUAGACCGCACUGUAGCUCAUCUGCUCUUCUAUAAUCCAUCGGAGUUGCCCUCAAAACUUGCGGAAUUUCCCAAGUCAUCAAUGUUUUCUGUGCUCAAUUGUGAAAGAAAAGAAGUUGGUUUACCGAGCUUUCCAAGCAGAUUUUUACAGCAGAAUUCUGAAACUAAUCCAACCACAGCUUACCAGGGACCAAAAGCUUCUGCCUCUCAUAAUGAAGUGGAUAUAAUGAAAAGUAGCCCCUGCCUUAAGACUUUUGAGAAUGCAUCAAACAAUGAGGGAGCAGAUGGUAGUGUUACUGGGGUUGAAGCCGCCUUGUGAAACUACCUAUUGUUAGAUAUGUAUAUAAGGCCAACUGGACACUGUGCAAUCAUGUGUUACAAGAUUUGACAUUCUAGGAAUCUAUGUUGUGCACAGGAAGAAACCUCUUUUACACUGGUGCAACGCUUUCUAUUUCCCUCCUGCAAGGAUUGCUUUUUGUUGUACUGAAGGUUCUCAAAUAGUGAACCUACAUACUUCAACAGUUCGACUAAACAAGCCCCAAUAUUGUAAUUUGACCAUGCUAAACGUGUGCUUUAUGUCUGUUGUUUGAUAAUACAUUUCGCCUAAAGCCCAACGAAAUGUUGCUGAAUCUUUAUUUUUAUAUUUUUUUAUAUUUCGCCUGCAUUUACCCGAA